AAUCUGGCUAACUCUCUUCAAUCGCGUGAUUGACUAAUCAGCAUGAAAUUAUCGCCUCCGGAACCCCCUAAAAUAAACUGGGAUGAAUAUCAGAAACUCAUACCAAUACCAGGACUCGUGGAGAAGUUCAAGUCGCAAUACACAUCUUUCAAGGUACCAUAUCCUGAAGACAAGUUCUCAGUUGAGGUGGACAAACAGUGGAAGACGUUGGAGCAAGAUAUAGCGAAGUACAGUGAAGAAAUGAAGGCGCAUAUUGCUAAAGCAGAGAAAGAAAUUGCUGCAAUUAACGCUCUUCCUAAAUUCGAUGAUAUGACAAUGGAAGACGUGCACGAUAUAUAUCCAGAGAUAGCCUUGCAGCCUGUAAAGAACCCAACUUUUUGGCCACAUACCGCCGACGAACAACUGGACUAUAAAGACCCUACGCAGAAAAUAGACAUCCCCAAGAAAUAAAUGUCUUCCUUCAGCCACAUCGAUCAGAAUACAAAACAACAACUAUUAACGUCUUUGUGCCACUUCUG